AUGGCAGAAUUCAAGUUGAAAGUUUAUUACGAAGAACUUAUGACUGAGAAUGUAACUGAUGAUCUUCCUCGUCAUUUCUGUUACGAAUGUGCAACAAUGUUAUACAAGUAUCACAAAUUCAGGGAAAAGUGCCUUACUGGACAAGAAAUAUUAAAAGAAUUAUGGAAAAAAGGCCCAAUAACAUUGUCUUCAAUAUCAAAAGUUGACAGAAAAAGUAAGAACUUGCUGUCAACCAUUGAAAUUAUGCCUGAAUCUAAAAGAUUUCUGACAAUCACUGGAAUUAAUACAGUUCCUGAUUCACUAUACAUUAAAACAGAAGGAGAAACUAUUACAACAGAAGAUAUCGAAACAGAAAUAGAGCUUAACGAAGAAUGUUGUGCAAAUAAUAAAUAUAAAUAUGAUGAAGAGGGACUAGAAAUUGAAGAAGACAGUUUAAAAAUGGAGAAGGAGAAUGUUGACGAACAAAAUAUGGAUUGUAGCUUUGAAAAGUGUGACGGUGAGUGGGAGACCGUGUUAAAUGAUGAUAAACCAAUUGUAAUAGUUGUUGAAGAAAACCGGAUAAGAAAAAAUAAUAUUAAAAACAAAAAACAAACUAAAACAAAACAGGAUGUGAUUUUAAACAAAAGAAAAACUAAGAAAGCAAAAAAAGCUUCUAAAAGUGAUAAGAAAAGAGGUGGUUUGCCUAAACGGAUGCUGUUGGAUCCUGAACAUUGGUUGAAAAUUAGUUUAAACGAGGAUGAAGCUUUAGAAAAUUUCAAACUGAGAGCUAAAGAUCCAAAGUACUUAAAAGCAAUGUAUAAGUGUGACAGCUGUUACACAACAUUUUCAACGCAAGAAAUAAUGGACCGACAUAUGAAAUUAAAUCAUUGUGAGUCCCGUGGACUACAUGAAUGCCAGUUCUGCCAUAAGCGGUAUAAAAUGAAAUGUUUAGUAACACAACACAUCAUAGUACACUACAAUAAGUUUAAAUGUCUUCGGUGCGACCUGACCUUUCAUUCAGAACAUUCAGCAAGUAAUCAUAAUGAUUUUCAUAGUGGAGUGAAGCUGCCGUGCAAACACUGCGGAUUGGAAUUCAGACACAAAUCUUCAUACUACUCUCACUUGCGUAUAUAUCACCGCAGCGACCAUGUUUGCCCACUCUGUGGGGAGUCUUUCGUCAGCAGAAAGGGGUUGCAACAACAUAAAAUACUUAAACAUUUGAAUGCCGAAAUCAAUCGCAAGGAGAAUGAAGACCGGACCACCUAUUGUGAACGUUGCGACAUCAAAUUUGAGACGCAGAAGGCGUACUCUGAACAUUUCCAGCAGUCAGUUAAACACGCUAAUGAUUUCCAAUUGAGUGAAGACCAGGAACUAGUUGGCACCAGCGAUGCACCAGCGCCAUUAAAAGGGGGAGCUGCAAAAACGUUCACUCGAGUUAAUUCGUCUCGUCCUACAACGUGUCCGGUGUGUGAGAAACUGUUUCGAAGCUAUUCUCAGUAUGUGAAGCACCAUCGGGCAGAGCACAAGGGUGUCCCAGUGCCUUGUGACGUCACACAGGUCUGUGAAGUCUGUGGAGUUACUGUCAAGGGUGGUGCCAUUGGAAUACACAUGAACGUUCACACCAAAGAGAAAAUAUACUCUUGUCAGACGUGCGGCGCGCAGUUCUUCUACUUAACUAGCUUCACCAGACAUCAGUUGACACACACUGGUGAGAAACCAUUCAAGUGUCCGCUGUGCGAAAAACGAUUCACGCAGAAAACCAGUAUGCAGCUGCAUCAUCGGACAUUUCAUUUAAAACAACCCUAUCCGAAGAGCAUCAGCGAUGCACCAGCGCCAUUAAAAGGGGGAGCUGCAAAAACGUUCACUCGAGUGAAUUCGUCUCGUCCUACAACGUGUCCGGUGUGUGAGAAACUGUUUCGAAGCUAUUCUCAGUAUGUGAAGCACCAUCGGGCAGAACACAAGGGUGUCCCAGUGCCUUGUGACGUCACACAGGUCUGUGAAGUCUGUGGAGUUACUGUCAAGGGUGGUGCCAUUGGAAUACACAUGAACGUUCACACCAAAGAGAAAAUAUACUCUUGUCAGACGUGCGGCGCGCAGUUCUUCUACUUAACUAGCUUCACCAGACAUCAGUUGACACACACUGGUGAGAAACCAUUCAAGUGUCCGCUGUGCGAAAAACGAUUCACGCAGAAAACCAGUAUGCAGCUGCAUCAUCGGACAUUUCAUUUAAAACAACCCUAUCCGAAGAGGAUAAGAAAAAAGGAGAGUAUAGCUGUUCAAGAGAGAGAAGAUAUAAGUGAAUGUUCUGAUGAGUACUCCGCGGAAUGCUAUAAAUAA